AUGGCGAAUAUUGACAAGGCUAUUAUGUCUUUGUCUCUAGAUGAGGAAGAGGAUGUUCCCUUUGUGGUGCCGAACCUACCAAAGUAUUGUUCGUGUGAGAAAAACGUGAUGAGCAUCAUGGAUAGGACUUUGAAUCCGGAAUGUCAAAAUAUGGCAGAUCUAUCCUGGAUAUGCCAAGGGAAGUGGCAGGUUUACAAUCGUGUGCGAGGUGUAGCUCUAUCAAAUCGAUGGGUGGAAAGACCACCAGAGGAUUACCUGAAGUUUAUGCCGGUGUGGAUACAGAUUCGUAAUAUCCCGGUGAACUACUAUACGGAGGCAUCCAUUUAUGACUUGGUGGAUAUCAUUGGCAAGGUGGAGGAGAUUGCUUUUGACCCGGAGAAACCCCAAAGUAAGGAUUACGUGCGUGUGAAGGUAAAGUUUGAUGUGUCAAAACCAGUGAGAAUAUCAAAGGCGGUGAUCCUUCCGACUGAGGAAACCACAACGGUGUGGUAUGAUUUCAAGAGAAUUCAAAAGUGUUGCUACAACUGUUAA